UUGAAAGUUCAAUGUCCAAAAUGAAACUAAGUUACAGGACUAGUAGUGGUGCAAUUAAUUUACCUAAUCCUUUAAAAUAUUUCUCCUUCUACUCUUUUUAAGGUCUCCAUCACAAUUCCCUUCCAAGCAUCAGCUCAACCUGUAGGAAGUUCCUACCUAAAAGGAAAAUCCCCCCACCAAACUAUUUUUAUCUCCCUUUAACAAACUGAUUGUGAAAAGCCCAAAGCCCUGGGCAUAUAAGAACCCCAAUGCCCCAGCUAACAUGCUCAUAUAUCCCACCACCAACAUUAAUCACUUGUUGGAGACCCUCUUCAAUCCCACAACUCACAGCAGAUGGCUUUCUCCUUCCAUGAUCUUCUCCUGCUUGCCAGCUUUGCUGCUUUUGCUCUUCUGCUUCCUGCUGAAGCUGAUGUAAAAAGCUACCAAUUUGAUAUUGUUGUGAAAAAUGUAAGCAGGUUGUGUCACCCUAAACCGAUCGUCACCGUCAACGGUAGGUUUCCCGGGCCGACAAUCUAUGCUCGAGAAGGCGAUAGAGUGAUCAUCAAUGUUACGAACUAUGCGCAGUUCAACAUGUCCAUUCAUUGGCAUGGAAUGAAGCAAUUCCGCAACGGAUGGGCGGACGGGCCGGCGUACAUAACGCAGUGCCCGAUCCAGACGGGUUCGAGCUACGCAUACGACUUCAACGUGACGGGGCAGAGGGGCACGCUGUGGUGGCACGCCCACAUUCUGUGGCUGCGCGCCACCGUCCACGGCGCCAUCGUCGUCAUGCCCAAGCAAGGCGUCCCCUACCCUUUUCCCCAGCCCCACGGAGAAGCCGAGCUCGUACUAGGGGAGUGGUGGCACCACGACGUGGAAGCAGUGGAGAAGCAGGGGAACAUGCUUGGGUUGCCACCCAACAUGUCGGAUGCGCACACCAUCAAUGGAAAACCUGGGCCCCUUUUCCCAUGCUCCGAGAAGCAUACAUACGCGUUAGAAGUCGAAUCGGGCAAAACGUACCUCCUCCGAAUCGUCAAUGCUGCACUCAACGACGAGCUCUUCUUCGCGAUCGCAGGCCAUAACAUGACGGUCGUCGAGAUCGACGCGGUCUACACCAAGCCCUUCGCCACCGACGCCAUCCUCAUCGCGCCGGGCCAAACCACAAACGUGCUAGUGAAGGCCGACCGGUUGCCCGGUCGGUACUUCAUGUCGGUCAAACCCUUCAACGACGCCACGAUUCCGGUCGACAACAAAACCGCCACCGCCAUUCUCCAAUACAAAGGCGUCCCGAACUCCGUGCUUCCGACGGUGCCUCAAUUGCCGCAAACCAAUGACACGAAAUUCGCUACGAACUUUCUCGCCAAUCUGAGAAGCUUAAACUCUCAAGAAUACCCCGUGAACGUGCCGCUCAAUGUCGACCGGCAUCUUUUCUACACAAUCGGCCUCGGCGUGAACCCGUGCCCGACUUGUCUGAAUGGGACGCGGCUCACGGCGUCGCUAAACAACAUCACAUUUGUCAUGCCCCAGAUCGGACUGCUACAAGCACACUACUUCGACAUAAAGGGAGUGUUUCGGCUCGACUUUCCCGAUAAGCCCUUGGCGGCGUUCAACUACACAGGCGCACCACUCACCGCGAAUCUCGGGACGUCCCUGGGGACCAGGCUCAGCAAGAUUGCGUUCAAUUCGACCGUUGAGUUGGUGUUGCAGGACACGAACCUACUCUCGGUCGAGUCGCAUCCCUUCCACCUUCACGGCUACAAUUUCUUCGUCGUCGGUACGGGGUUCGGGAAUUUCGACCCUGCGAAGGAUCCUGCCACGUACAAUUUGGUCGAUCCGCCGGAGCGGAAUACGGUCGGAGUUCCCGCGGGGGGUUGGACUGCGAUCAGGUUUCGAGCCAACAAUCCAGGUGUUUGGUUCAUGCAUUGCCAUUUGGAGGUGCACACAACCUGGGGAUUGAAGAUGGCUUUUGUUGUGGAGGAUGGAAAUGGGCCAGAAGAAUCAAUCUUAACCCCUCCAAAGAAUCUCCCACCUUGCUGAAUUGUAAUUAGUGGAUGGGGUGGAUUCAUGAUUGAGGUUUUAAUUUUAAUUUGUCCCUGCAAAAAUGGGGGAAAAAGAAAAAGUUGCAGGGGAUUUGAUCAAUUUGUGUGAGUGAUGAGGUCUCAAAAGAUCUUGUGUAAUCUGAUGGGGAUUUGUUUUAGGGCUUUUGGGUAUCAGGCCCUUUGUGUGAAUAAUAUGCCCUUGUAAGUUUGUGGGCAAUAAUUGUAUUAACCAACAUCUGUUUUUUGUUUUUUUUUUUGGUUCUUCAUUGUUGUACACCAUCAAAUUAAUAUGUAAACAUUGUAUUUUCAUGUGAA